UCUUACUACGGUCACACUUCGCGCAGUAAACAGAGAUUUUAUCGUGUAGUGUAGAAGAAAAGUACAGAAUUAAUGGUAAAAGCGCAUAAGAGCAGCCGAAUAAAAGUGCCUGGAUAAACCAAGUACCUCUCCACACCCCCCACUUAGCACAGGCGACCCAAAUUACGACGAACGUUUUCUAAUUACGCAUUCCAAGCAUGGAUGAGGCGAACAUACAGGACAAGGAGCGGUUCGCGAGCCGCGAGAACCACUGCGAGAUCGAACGACGUCGCCGCAACAAGAUGACCGCCUACAUCACGGAACUCUCGGACAUGGUGCCCACCUGCAGUGCCCUGGCCCGCAAACCGGACAAGCUCACCAUACUCCGCAUGGCAGUGGCCCACAUGAAGGCACUGCGUGGCACCGGCAACACCAGCAGCGAUGGCACCUACAAACCCUCUUUCCUAACCGACCAGGAGCUGAAGCACCUUAUCCUGGAGGCGGCCGAUGGUUUCUUGUUUGUGGUAUCCUGUGAUUCCGGACGGGUGAUCUAUGUAUCGGAUUCGGUAACUCCCGUGCUGAACUACACCCAAAGCGAUUGGUACGGCACUAGCCUGUAUGAGCACAUUCAUCCCGAUGAUCGCGAGAAAAUACGCGAGCAACUAUCCACCCAGGAGUCGCAAAAUGCCGGCCGCAUCCUGGACCUUAAAUCGGGAACUGUGAAAAAGGAGGGUCACCAGUCCAGCAUGCGUUUGAGCAUGGGUGCUCGUCGUGGAUUCAUCUGCCGCAUGCGGGUGGGCAAUGUAAACCCGGAGUCCAUGGUCUCUGGGCACUUGAAUCGUCUCAAACAACGAAACUCCCUCGGACCUUCAAGGGAUGGCACCAACUACGCCGUGGUGCACUGCACGGGUUAUAUCAAGAACUGGCCGCCCACCGAUAUGUUCCCCAACAUGCACAUGGAGCGCGAUGUCGACGAUAUGAGCUCGCACUGCUGCCUGGUGGCCAUCGGUCGUCUGCAGGUCACCUCUACGGCGGCUAACGAUAUGAGUGGAUCGAACAAUCAGAGCGAGUUCAUCACACGUCACGCGAUGGAUGGCAAGUUUACGUUUGUGGAUCAGCGUGUUCUUAACAUAUUGGGAUAUACGCCUACUGAGCUUCUGGGGAAGAUCUGCUACGAUUUCUUUCAUCCCGAGGACCAGAGCCACAUGAAGGAAAGCUUCGACCAGGUGCUUAAGCAAAAGGGACAGAUGUUCUCGCUGUUGUACAGAGCCAGAGCUAAGAAUUCGGAAUACGUCUGGCUCCGCACACAGGCUUAUGCCUUUCUGAAUCCAUACACCGACGAAGUGGAAUACAUAGUGUGCACCAACAGUUCUGGCAAGACCAUGCACGGUGCUCCACUGGAUGCUGCGGCUGCCCAUACGCCCGAGCAAGUGCAACAACAACAACAGCAGCAGGAGCAACAUGUUUACGUUCAGGCUGCCCCGGGAGUGGACUAUGCGCGCCGCGAGCUUACUCCAGUGGGCAGUGCCACGAAUGAUGGCAUGUACCAGACGCACAUGCUGGCCAUGCAGGCACCUACGCCUCAACAGCAGCAGCAGCAACAACAGCAACGGCCAGGAUCGGCGCAAACCACGCCUGUCGGAUAUACCUACGACACCACGCACUCGCCGUACAGUGCUGGAGGACCAUCGCCGUUGGCUAAGAUACCCAAGUCUGGCACCUCGCCCACGCCGGUGGCACCAAAUGCCUGGGCAGCACUGCGUCCCCAGCAACAACAGCAGCAGCAGCCCGUUACCGAAGGCUAUCAGUACCAGCAGACGAGUCCGGCCAGGUCGCCGAGUGGUCCAACCUAUACCCAAUUGAGUGCCGGGAACGGAAAUCGCCAGCAAGCGCAGCCAGGUGCAUAUCAGCCGGGUCCACCACCGCCUCCCAAUGCACCGGGAAUGUGGGACUGGCAGCAGGCUGGAGGUCAUCCGCAUCCGCCGCACCCAACGGCGCAUCCGCACCAUCCACACGCUCAUCCUGGAGGACCGGCAGGAGCAGGACAGCCGCAGGGUCAGGAGUUCUCAGAUAUGCUGCAGAUGUUGGAUCACACGCCGACCACGUUUGAGGAUCUGAAUAUCAACAUGUUCAGCACGCCGUUUGAGUAAUCCCCACACCAUUUCUUUCGAUUCCCACUACCCCCAAUUAAUCUGUGUCUCUCUUAACCACUUCUCAAGUGCAAUCCAUCUUACAUUGUUGAAAUAAUUCAGCCAAACGCAUGCAAAUUGUAAUCUCGUAAAUAGCAUUUUAAGUACAUAGCGGUAGUCACGUA